GGAAUCGCCGUGGGCCCGGCCCGGGGCAGCGCCGCCUCCGGGUGUGUGGUGGCCGCAGAGCGGAGGGUGCCAGGCGGGAGCUGGGAGUUCUUUUGCAGUUGUUUGGUAAACAAUGAAGGUUCUGUUGCUGAAGGAUCCCAAAGACAAAGAUUCAGGACCGGAUCCCUAUGUUAAAGAAUUGGGAUUAUAUGGAUUUGAAGCAACUUUGAUUCCAGUUUUGUCAUUUGAAUUCAUCUCUCUUGAAAGCUUGUUUGAAAAGCUCUCUCAUCCAGAAUGUUACGGAGGCUUAGUUUUCACCAGUCCGAGAGCAUUAGAAGCCAUCAAGAUAUGUUUAAAAGAGAAGAGUAAAAAUGAAGCCUGGUUAAAAUCUCUUAAACAAAGAUGGAAAACCAAACCGACGUACGUGGUGGGAAAAGCUACAGCUUCCCUAGUGGAAGAAAUUGGUCUUAUUCCACAAGGAGAAAAGUCUGGAAAUGCUGAAAAAUUAGCUGAAUAUAUUUGCUCAAGAGAGGAACCCAAUUCCUCAGCUCUUCUUUUUCCUUGUGGAGCCCUGAAAAGAGAAGUGCUUCCUACAGCGCUGCGAGAGAAAGGAAUCCCCCUGGAAAGCCUGACUGUUUAUCAGACAACCCAACACCCUGACCUGCGAGAGUCGCUGAGCAGUUAUUUCUCACAACAGGGAAUUCCAGCAAGCGUUGUGUUCUUCAGUCCAUCUGGCGUCAAAUUUUGCCUCCAGCACAUCCAGAAGCUUUCAGGGGAUUUUCUUGCCCAUAUCAAGUUCGCUGCCAUCGGCCCGACCACUGCGGAAGCCCUGGAGGCGGCAGGAGUCCCGGUUCCCUGCACGGCAGAGAGUCCCACUCCCCAGGACCUCGCUGCCGGGCUCCAGAAGGUGCUGCAGGCACAGAACUGCCGGGUGUCGGAAUAAGAGCUCGGCGGGGGUUGAAGCUGGAUGUUGGAAGAUGGAGCUGGAUAUUGGCAGAUGGUGUCCUGCCAGGGAGUAUUUUUCAGGACUAAGCGGCACUGCCCUUGUCAGGGCCCGGCGGGAGAAGUUUGCAUCUAAGUAUCUGGGAAAUGUAGAAUUUGUCCACCAUCUCUUAAAAAGGCUCUUCCCCCUUUUCCCCUGUGGGCAGCGUAAACACUUCAUGUGGACGUUGCCAGAUAUUGGAAUAAAUUCAGUGUCUCACCUCAGGUAUCUCCUGGCGCACAAGCUGAGGUUUUCCUUUCUCUGUGUAAUCAGUUUUACACACACCCAUCAUCUUUUUCCUUUGUAGGAGAAAAGCCUACUGAAAAUGAAGUAUUUUCUGUUGUGAAGCUUACUUGUUCUGUUUUUCAAGGAUUUAUAUUAAAAUGGUGAUUGUGGAUUGUCACUGGACUGUGUGGAGCUCAGAGCAGUCAGCAGUCGCCUCUCAAUAUCCUCACAGUACAGCGUCCUAAAAGUUAAGGUUUGGUUUCUAUUUGUAUAAAGAAGGAAGAUUAUUAAGAGAGAAAUAAACUGGCUUAUCACAGUUAA